CUUCUUCGUUCACGGCCGCCUUUCUCUCUGUUCCUGGCCCCAACUACCGCUUCUUCUUCCUUGCCCAAACUUGCCGUGGGCAUUUAGGCAAGCGGGUGCCGGGAGUUGGACCUGCGGGCUCCUACCAUGGACAGCCGUCGAAAGAGGCAGCGCAGGACGUCGAAGCGGUGCGUGUCAGAAGAAGUCAGCAGCGUGGCGUGGGAGUUCAUCGACAUGACGGAGCAAGAAGAAGAUCUCAUCUACAGAAUGUACAGGCUCGUGGGUGACAGGUGGGAUCUGAUCGCAGGGCGCAUUCCCGGGCGCAAACCGGAGGAGAUAGAGAGGUUUUGGAUAAUGAGGCACGGCGAGGGCUUCGCCGCCAAGAGACAUGGGAGAUACAGCUGACAGGGAUGACCGUACUCCAUUCUUUUUUUUUGUGCUCCUUCCUUUUUCUUGAUCAUAGGACCUGUUUGAUGAGUUGUGUGUGUUCAUGUUUGUGCACCUGAGCUGCUUGAAGUGUGUGGGGGAAGGUCUUCUGGGGUUAAUCCAUCUGUUGUACACAUUUUGUAUCCAUCCACAGGAGCUAAUGAAUUGGUAUUCAUAUAA